AUGCAAAUAGAAUCGUAAACAUGGGACGCCCUAAGGCCAAGCCCAAAACGCAAAAUCCGCAUAUAUUCUUACCAAAGAAAAUUGAGAAAAUAGGAGGACCGCCAGCCACCGCCGCUCCGAAUCCAAUGGUUGAAAAUCAAUCAGGAAGUAUAAGAAGCCAUAAAAUAUCUUUCAGACUCUGAGUCUUCGACUGGUCCGCCUUUUUGCUUCAUCUGGGUUUUCUCUUGGGGGCUCUGAGUGAAUAUUUUUUUUUUUUUUUUGGGGGGAGGGGGUGUUGUUGAUUUGGGUUUCUUUGAUUUUAGCUGAAAACAGAAAGAUUGAAAACUAUGUCGGACAGUGAAGAGCACCAUUUCGAGUCGAAGGCCGACGCUGGAGCCUCCAAAACUUACCCUCAGCAAGCCGGUACUGUCCGCAAGAACGGCUACAUCGUCAUCAAAGGCCGUGCUUGCAAGGUUGUUGAGGUUUCUACCUCAAAGACUGGAAAGCAUGGACAUGCAAAGUGCCACUUUGUUGGAAUUGAUAUUUUCAAUGGCAAGAAGUAUGAUGACAUUGUUCCUUCUUCCCAUAACUGUGAUAUUCCCCAUGUCAAUCGCACUGACUACCAGCUGAUUGAUAUUUCUGAGGAUGGAUUUGUAAGUUUGCUGUCUGAGAAUGGAAACACUAAGGAUGACCUGAGGCUCCCAACCGAUGAUAAUCUGCUGACUCAGAUCAAGGAUGGUUUCGCUGAGGGGAAGGACUUGGUUGUCACUGUGAUGUCUGCAAUGGGAGAGGAGCAGAUUUGUGCACUCAAAGACAUUGGUCCAAAAUAGUCAAAUUUGAGUAUUAUAAAAACCUUCUCUAUAGCUUCUUGGGUCUCUUAGUAAGGCUAAAGUAGUAUGCUUUUAAGCUUAAUAGCUGUUCCAGAUGGUGUUUUGUGGAUCUGGAGAGCGAAGUCUAUCUUAGCUUGUUUUUGUGGUUAUUUUCAUUGUGGGUUUAAAAACUUAUAUUAUAAUAAGAUAUUUUUAGAGUA